CCUGCUCUUCCUGUCAAUCAAGGUCAGACAACGCCCAUCAAGCGCUGCUCUCAUUAGUCGUUUACGCAAAGCUACGCCCACACAAACCUGAUCCUCCCGUCAAUCAGCGACAGGCCGCGCCUCCCUCCCGUGCCUCUUACACAAACAGCAGCAGUUGGAGAGAGUAAAUAGAGAAAAGAUGGCGGAGUUCAUUCAGCUCAACAAGCCCACCGAACCGAAACCAGCGUCCCAGAAGCGCGAGCAGCAUCAUCAUCCGCCACCGGCCAAAAAGAUCCGGCAUGAGGAGAAAAUCUUCAAAGCCAAGAAGAUGAACGGAGGCGCGGAGCAGCAGAUUCACAGCAACAAAGCCAAGAGCAAGAAAGACCGAGAGAAAGAGAAGAAGAAAUACAAACUGGCAACAACAGAAAAUCACCUCAGUGUGAAGAAGGAAAACGGCGAGGUGAAGUCGCCGCAGAAAGAACACACCGUCAAAGACAAACAGAGAGAGAGAGACAAAGAGUGCGAGAGAAAGAGAGAGAGAGAAAAGGCGGAAAAAGACAUAAGAAAACACAAACUUAUGAUGGAGAUGAAGAGAGAGAAUGGAGAGGUGAAGAUCAUGCAGAAAGGUGACAGAGAGAAGAUAACCUCGGCCGAGGACCUGCUGAUGAAGAGGCUUAAGAAGAAAAAGAAAAAGAAGCAUAAAGAAGGUGAAAAGCGAAAGCGGGCCAAGAUGUACAGCAGAUCCAGUCAGACGCUUGGUUGUGAUCAUCUGCCCGGUCUGAUGUCCGCUUCUGGGGCAGAAUUCAAGCCUCCUCUUUCCGUCCAGCAGAGCGGAGCUCUCUCCUCCAGCGCCAGCUUGAAGCAGGAAGACGGCUGUGCUCAAAGCUCGAGCUCGGUCGGCACGUCCAAAGCUUCCAGAUUGCCCGGGCUGAACCGGCUGGAAUUCGGACGGUUUGUUCACGUGGAGCACCAGCCGAACGGAGGCGCCCUGGUGGUGCACGCGUACAGCAGGGAGCUGUCGGUCCUGUCUCCUGUGGAGAUGCAGAGGUUUGCGCAGGAGUUUGUGAAGUUGGCAUUUAGCGAGGAUGAGGAUGGAGCCGCCAACUACGUGAUGGGUGUAAUUCACGGGGCCGCCUCCUAUCUCCCCGACUUUCUAGAGUACUUCUCUAGUAAAUUCCCCAACUCGCCUGUCAAAAUGGAAAUUCUGGGGAAGAAGGACAUUGAGACGACUACUAUGGCAAACUUUCACACUCAGGUCAAGAGGAGUUACUCUCACGGGACGUACCGCGCCGGUGCCAUGAGACAGAUCAGUCUGGUGGGUGCUGUGGAUGAAGAGGUGGGGGAUUAUUUCCCAGAGUUCCUCAGCAUGCUGGAGCAGUCGCCCUUCCUGCAGCGGACGCUUCCGUGGGGUUCAUUCUCCAGUCUGAAGCUGAGCAGUCCAACGGAGAGCGACGACGGGCCCAUCCUGUGGGUUCGGCCCGGAGAGCAAAUGAUCCCUGUCACAGACAUGCCCAAAUCUCCCUUCAAACGAAAACGGUCGACCAAUGAGAUUAAGAAUCUCCAGUAUCUGCCUCGAGCCAGCGAACCACGUGAGAUGUUGUUUGAGGAUCGAACUCGAGCUCACGCCGAUCACAUCGGUCAAGGGUUUGAGCGGCAGACGACUGCAGCUGUGGGAGUUCUGAAAGCUGUCCGCUGCGGUGAAAGCGCUGAGCCUCCACGCAUUACCAAAGACGUGAUUUGUUUCCACGCGGCCGACUUCGCUGAUGUAGUGCAGAGACUGCAGUUAGACCUGUAUGAGCCGCCUCUGUCUCAGUGUGUUCAGUGGGUUGAUGAUGCUAAACUCAAUCAGUUACGGCGAGAGGGCAUCCGUUACGCUCAUAUUCAGCUGUACGACAACGACAUUUACUUUAUCCCUCGCAACGUAGUUCACCAGUUCAAGAGCGUGUCGGCGGUGUGCAGCCUCGCCUGGCAUGUCCGCUUGAAGCAGUAUCACCAGGACGCAGAAGAAAUUCACGAUGAGCGUGACGAGAUGAUCCAGAACAUCAAGCAGGAACCAUUGAGGGAUAAUGAAAAAUCUGAGAGCACGGACCUCAGACCCUCAAGAGAGACGCCGAGCGUACCCCAAAUCAAAGUUGAGUGGGUGGAGCCGACAGCUGAGAGAUUGCCCAAAUGUACACCUGUGACUCCGCCUCCUGCCACCUCAUCUGAUGGACAGUCCAAAAUGCUGCGUGUGUCAGAAUGUCCGAGCACUCCCUCAUAUCACUCGAGUGCUGCGCUCAACACUUCUCACAGCUCUGUGGCCAGUCCAUGCACGUCAAAACACACGCACACGUCAGCACCAACCAAACACGCACAUGCCUCUUCAUCCAAAUAUUUUCAUUCGUCCUCCUCCGCCCCCAAACCAGGACACACCCCCUCAACACCAACCAAACCAACACACUCCAGUAACACAACCAAACCAACACACUCCAGUAACACAACCAAACCAACACACUCCAGUAACACAACCAAACCAACACACUCCAGUAACGCAACCAAACCAACACACUCCAGUAACGCAACCAAACCAACACACUCCAGUAACGCAACCAAACCAACACACUCCAGUAACGCAACCAAACCAACACACUCCAGUAACGCAACCAAACCAACACACUUUAGUAACGUAACCAAACCAACACACUUUAGUAACGCAACCAAACCAACACACUCGACCACCACAACCAAACCAACACACUCGACCACCACAACCAAACCAACACACCCCAGGAACACAAUCAAACCAACACAUUUAACUAACCCAACCAAACCAACCUACCUUAGUAACACAAUCAAACCAACACACUCUAAUAACUCUGCCAAACAAACCCAAUCCACACUAAUAACCAAACCCAGUUCAAAACUGAGCUCUGGACUGUCAAUCAGCUGGACUACUCCUCCCUUUGGCCCAUCCCAGACUCCACCCCCUCCGAGGCCUGACCGACCUCAAGACUCUCUGCACCCAAAGGUCAUCAAAGCGCAUGAGCCACACAAAGACUUUUUAUACUGAUUUGUACAGAACAGUUUUUUAAAAUGGCGCUUCUUUUAAUCCUGUUCAUUUCUACCGGAUCGUUUUCUUUUUAAUCACUUUGGAAAAGAAUCAUCCCUUCAUCACAAUGAGUUCAAAGAUCAAUCUGUGCUGAACGUCAGAUCUGUUUAUCCGUCUCUCUGUUUCUUCCUCUGCUUCAGGUUGUCAAGAUGGCAAAUGUAGCUCAUAACAUGUUACUCAGUGCCUGUCCGUAACUGUGAAAUAUGGAAGCACUUCGGCUCGGCUGCACACUGAGAAUAUUUGUCAAACUCAAACUGGUCCUUGAAUAAUAUAUUUUCAGUUGUAGGCUUUAGUCAGAGCUGACAUGAACAUAUAUAUGUAUAUGUAUAUAUAUAUAUUUUGUAAGAUGACAGAAUUCUUUUAAAAGACUCUAUAGGCUUUUCCAUAGAGUUUAUUUAUAUCAAGGGAUCCUUUGGUUCUGUUUGACAUUGUCAGCACUGUAGAGUACAUAACAUUUGUUUUCUAAAGGAAAUGUGUAGUGUGAUUUAUACUGAACUAAGGACCUGCUAAUAAAAGGUUCUGUCUGUUGCCUUGUGGUCACGUGACUGUGAACGUCAUUGAACAUAGUUCUUGUGUAGAACUAAAGAGAAUUGUUAAGCAUGAAAAGAACUUUUCAUACACAGAGUGUCACCUUUAAUCUCCUACACUGAAUGUAUAAGUAUGAAACUUCACCAUCAUUAAAUGAGACGAUGUUUGUGUUUCUUACACGUUAAUAACA